AUGGGCAGCAACCAUGAGGCGCACCACGAGGACUUCCAGCUCAAGGACCGCGACAUGCUCGGCCGCGACGACUACGUCGGCCGCGUCCUCUUCGACCUCGCCGAGGUGCCCACCCGCGUGCCGCCCGACAGCCCGCUCGCCCCGCAGUGGUACCGCCUCGAGCAGCGCCGCGGCGGCGACGCCGGCUACAAGGUGCGCGGGGAGCUCAUGCUCGCCGUCUGGAUCGGCACCCAGGCCGACGAGGCCUUCCCCGAGGCCUGGCACUCGGACGCCGCCACCGUGCGCGGCGAGGGCGUCGCCAGCGUCCGCUCCAAGGCCUACGUCUCGCCCAAGCUCUGGUACCUCCGCGUCAACGUCAUCGAGGCGCAGGACGUGCAGCCGCAGUCCCGCGGCCGCGCCCCCGAGGUCUUCGUCAAGGCGCAGGUCGGCAACCAGAUCCUCAAGACCUCCGUCGUGCCCGCCGCCACGCUCAACCCGCGCUGGAACGAGGACCUGCUCUUCGUCGUCGCCGAGCCGUUCGAGGAGCAGCUGGUGAUGACGGUCGAGGACCGGGUGUCGCCGCGCAAGGACGACCUCCUCGGCCGCGUCCAGCUCCCGCUCACGCUCUUCGAGAAGCGCCUCGACCACCGCCCGUUCGUGCAGUCCCGGUGGUUCGACCUCGAGAAGUUCGGCAUCGGGGGCGCCAUCGAGGGCGAGACACGGCGGGAGCUCCGCUUCGCCAGCCGCGUCCACGUCCGAGCCUGCCUCGAGGGCGCGUACCACGUCAUGGACGAGUCCACCAUGUACAUCAGCGACACCCGCCCCACGGCGCGGCAGCUCUGGAAGCCGCCCGUCGGCGUGCUCGAGGUCGGCAUCCUCAGCGCCAUCGGCCUGCAGCCGAUGAAAAAACUGGAAGGCCGGGGAAGCACCGACGCCUACUGCGUCGCCAAGUAUGGGCAGAAGUGGGUGCGCACGCGCACCAUGAUCGGCACCUUCAGCCCGACGUGGAACGAGCAGUACACGUGGGAGGUGUUCGACCCCAGCACCGUCAUCACCAUCGGCGUCUUCGACAACUGCCACCUCGGCGGCGGCAACGGAAACAACGGCGGAGGAGGUGCAGGAGGAGGAGGAGGGCCUCCGGCGAGGGACGCACGCAUCGGCAAGAUCCGCAUCCGCCUGUCCACGCUGGAAACCGACCGUGUGUACACGCACGCGUACCCGCUGAUCCUGCUGACGCCGUCGGGGGUGAAGAAGAUGGGCGAGCUCCGGCUGGCCGUGCGCUUCACCUGCCUCUCCAUGAUGAACAUGGUGCACCUCUACACGCAGCCGCUGCUCCCCAAGAUGCACUACCUGCACCCCUUCACGGUCACGCAGCUCGACGCGCUCCGCUACCAAGCCAUGGGCAUCGUGGCGGCGCGGCUGGGCCGCGCGGAGCCGCCGCUGCGGCGGGAGGUGGUGGAGUACAUGCUGGACGUGGAGUCCCACAUGUGGAGCAUGCGCCGGAGCAAGGCCAACUUCUUCCGCGCCGUCUCGCUCUUCUCCGGCGCCGCCGCCGCCGCGCGCUGGUUCGCCGAUGUCUGCCACUGGAAGAAUGUGGCCACCACCGCGCUCGUCCACGUCCUCCUCCUCAUCCUCAUCUGCUACCCGGAGCUCAUCCUCCCCACCGUCUUCCUCUACAUGUUCAUGAUCGGGCUCUGGAACUACCGCCGCCGCCCGCGCCACCCUCCCCACAUGGACACCAAGAUGUCCUGGGCCGAGGCCGUGCACCCGGACGAGCUCGACGAGGAGUUCGACACCUUCCCGACGUCCAGGCAGCAGGACGUCGUCUACAUGCGCUACGACCGGCUGCGCAGCGUCGCCGGCAGGAUACAGACCGUCGUCGGCGACAUGGCCACGCAGGGGGAGCGGCUGCAGUCGCUGCUCAGCUGGCGCGACCCCAGGGCGUCCUGCCUCUUCGUCUUCUUCUGCCUCAUCGCCGCGGUCGUGCUCUACGUCACGCCGUUCCGGGUCGUCGCGCUCGUCGCCGGGCUCUUCCUGCUCCGGCACCCGCGGUUCCGAACCAAGCUGCCCGCCGUGCCAAGCAACUUCUUCCGGCGACUGCCGUCGCGGGCGGAUAGCAUGCUCUGA